AUGUGCUACAAGAAACAAAUGGUAUUCACAGUCUGCUGGCACACCAGAACAGUAGACGAAGACUGUGAAAGACAAAAGCAGCUCUACCAACUCUAUCGAAAAGAGCACAUUCACGGCAAACAACGCCAACGAAGCUGGUUGUCCCUCCUCUGCAUGCCCUGCUUUGGCCCAGAGCCGCGCCCACCUACACCGCCCCCUUUAAGAAGAGAGUGUCGUCUCGAGGACGUCCUAAUCGAGAGCGACAGCAAAUGUCCCCGGUGUCUUCUCCUGGAGGAUCAGGAGGCGGCCGUAGACAGAAGACAUAGGUACGCAUACAACGCAUAUCUACGAAAGGCCACUAGCAGUGGAUAUCAAAUCAAGGGACGUUUGAGUGCUAACGGACGAUCUGCAGAGCAUCUGACGAUGACUCCCAGAAGCGGACAGGGAAAAUCACCUCCAGGAUUUAGAUCUAGGCAUGAGGUUGUUGCGAACUCCACGUCCCUUCAGGUUCCAGAAAAGACAUAUCAACCGUAUCGUCCAGAUGCAGACCGAGGCACGAACUACGCCGCGCUACGGCGGUCACGACCGCCUAGUCGGGACUUUGUGCCGUACUCUGACCACCAGGCUGCGGAGGAGUCACCGGCGCUCAAGUCUCGGGAUUCUACCUCCCACCUCCGGCCAGCCCCUCUGCAGGUCUCCAAUACCAAACAGAACAAGGACCCGUCACUACGGAAGAAGGGCACCCAGAAGCCGAGCCGGAGUGCGAUAGCAGGAUUGCAGAAUGCACCCCUGAGUGCCCUGAUCGAGGACGUGGAAAAGACUUGGAGCCGUGCUCCUCCGGCAUUAAGCUCGCCUUGGCAGCAGCCGACGACUAUGGUCCAUGUUUCCUACACGCCUGAGUUGCCCGUGGAAGAGCUAAUGGACGAGGUUGAGCUCAUGUGGCAGAUAGGGUCCGGCCGCGACGAUAGAUCGCGUUAG